AUGGCGACAGCGAGCAAUGCCUCAGGGCAGCAGGCCUUCGCACCAGUGCUUGCAGCCCUUUCGACGAUGCAGAGCAGUGUCUCUCGUCAGGAAAAGACUCACGCCCAUGAGUUUCUCGAAAAGUUCCAGAAAUCGAUCACAUAUGACCUUGACCAGCUUCCCGAGUCCGCUCAGCCUGAACUAAGGACGUCGAUACUUUCUCUCCUGUCAAAUUAUAGAUCUGGACCACGGCCGAUACGGACACAGCUAUGUGUUUCCCUGGCUACCCUCGCCAUCCAGAUGACCACCUGGAAGGAUGUCUUGCCUACCGUUGGCGCUGCGCUGGGCAACGAAGCCGGAGACUGUGUCCUCGAAUUCCUCAAGAUCCUUCCCGAGGAGGUCAUAGAGGGACGCAAAAUCAACCUGACUGAAGAGGAGCUAUCUUCAAGAACAAAGGAACUCUUGGAGGACAACUCAAGUCAGGUCCUGGGUCUUUUGACACAAUAUUCUCAAUCUUCUCCUUCCGCUGCAACUAAUCCAAUUCUCCUUGAAUGUAUUACUUCGUGGAUGCGUGAGAUCCCUGCGGCCCAGGUCGUAGAAUCCCCCCUGAUGGACGUCAUCAUGAAAGCUCUAUCGGAAGAAAGAUCCUUUGAGGCGGCUGUAGAUUGCAUAUGCAUGAUCUACAGGGACACACUUGAAGUUGACGAUUCGAUGAACGUUAUUAAAGCUCUAUACCCCAGGGUAAUAGCGCUGCGGCCUAAGAUAAGAGAAGCAGCAGAAACAGAAGAUGUUGACACGCUCCGAGGUCUUACUCGAUUGUUUGCAGAGGCGGCAGAGGCUUGGGUUCUUUUAAUCGCACGCCUACCAGAUGAUUUCCGAAACCUGGUGGAAGCGGUAUUGGAGUGUUGCACAGUUGAUAAAGAUCGAGAUGCUAUUUCAAUCACCUUCGUCUUCUGGUAUGAGCUUAAGCAAUAUUUGACCCUGGAGCGGUAUACAAGAGCCAGGGCAACCCUCGGGGACCUGUUCUCAAAGCUCGUCGAUGUCAUGAUAAAGCACCUAGAAUACCCAACUUCUGACGGAGACGAGAACGACCUCUUUGACGGGGACAGAGAGCAAGAGGAGAAAUUCCGAAGCUUCCGGCACUCCAUGGGAGAUGUACUCAAGGACUGUUGUGCAGUUAUCGGAGUUUCUGAAUGUCUUGGAAAGGCAUACAGUCUCAUUCAAGCUUGGGUUGCAAAAUAUGGGCCCCAGGCAAGGCACGAUCAUGUCCCACGCUGGCAAGAAUUGGAAGCCCCUCUAUUCAGCAUGCGCGCUAUGGGACGGAUGGUAGAAGCGGAGGAAAGUUAUGUUUUACCUGAAAUCAUCCCGCUCAUCGUGCGCAUACCAGAUCAGGAGAAGGUUCGCUUCCAGGCAAUCAUGGCUCUUGGUAGAUACACCGAGUGGACUGCACAGCACCCCGAGACGCUAGAGGCACAGCUUAACUACGUCAUCUCUGGAUUCCAACAUAAGUCCCAGGAAGUAGUGCAAGCAGCAGCCCUUGCCUUUAAAUUCCUAGGAACCGACUGCCAGAAAUUGCUGGGCUCUCACAUCCCACAGCUUCAUACUUUCUAUGAGUCCGUUAUUGAUGGUUUGAAGCCUUCCAGCCAGGAAGAGGUUACUGAGGGUGUUGCGGCCGUCCUCGCUGUCCAGCCAGUUGAAAAAAUCUACGAGGGAUUAAAACUGUUCUGCAACCCCCUUAUGUCCAGAAUUAUGACCUUGGCCAAUAAUGCUCAAGAUGAAGAGGGACAAAAGGCCGUCGCUGUUGUCUCCCCUUAUGUCGAACCCGGAAAAGAGAAUCCUGGAGUUAAAUACUGCGGAGAGAUAUUACCUGUUCUCAGCACAAUAGUUAUGAAUUUCACGAAAUCUACCCCAAUCCUCGAGAGAGUUUGCCGUUGCUGGCGGUACAUGAUAAUCUCAUACCGCAACGCAAUGACUCCUCUCCUUCCGGCCCUUGCGCAAAGCAUCUCAUCUGGUUUUGAAGCGUCUAGAGAAGGAUGCUUCCUCUGGGCAACUGAUGCGAUUGUCCGUGAAUUCUCCGCCGGAGCAGAGCUUGUUGAUAAUCCAACCAGCGUUGCUGUUUAUCAAUUUUUCGAAGAGCAAGUUGUGCUAUUCCUCCGAAUCCUUAACGAUUUACCCCCAGAACAUCUACCAGAUAUGAUUGAGGAUUUCUUCAGGCUAGCAACAGAUGCAGUCCGAUUUUUCCCUAAAAAUACUGUCACGUCGUCUUUUUCUGCUCCCAUUUUCUCAGCUGCUUUGAGUUCGCUCACUCUUCAGCAGAUCGAGCCUCUUACCGCUACCCUACAGUACCUCCGUGACCUGAUCAGCUUUGGGUUUGAAAAGCCGGCUGUGUCCAACUUCACAACCCCGGAUGGCGAGGUUUAUACGAACUCGCCGGAGAUUAGAGCAGGUGUGAAACGAAUAAUGGUAUCACAGGGUUCUAUUCUUGUGCAACGGAUAUUAACAGGAAUGAUGUUUACUUUUCCUGGUGACUGCUUCCCUGACGCUUCGGCGGUCCUUAUGUCAUGCUUCGAACUACUACCCGCAGAGACAGCAAGUUGGAUUGAAGCUACAAUUCAGAUGCUGCCCGCUCGCUCCGUUAAACCUGGUGAAAGUGAGCGCUUGAUGAAAACGCUCUCAGAGUAUGCUCAAUUGGGUGAUAUGCGGAAAAUUAGAGUUGUCCUUCAAGAUUUCACAAACUCAUAUAGACGUCGGAAUGUGGCACCAAGGGAGGGAUUAGGCAGAUUAGAGGCUACUCGAUUUCGAUUUACCGGCUCGCUUCAACACUGUACCAAAGCCAUUUAUUUUAACCGACUCGGGUACUCUUUACCUCACGUUCACAACCCUCCUACAUUCGUACUCGAUCCCAUAUAA